AAGAAGAAAACAGGAAAGAAAGCGAGAGUUACAAUAGUCACGCAAAAUUGUUCCGAAACAACCAACGAAAAUACAAAACUCUCACUAAGUUUGCGCACAACUCUCAACAAAUUUGCAUCAAUUGCAUCAUAUAUUACAUCCAACUCUAGGAUCGUCUGUUGCCCAACACUUCGCGAUUUAUUGCGAUUUUCUUCCCCUUUCUACACAUCUUGUGACACGCUUUAGGCGUAUUAUUUUUAUUCAUCAUGACUUCCUCUGUGUUUUUCAAGUUCAAGUCCCAAAAGGAGCCGUCGCGUGUCGAAUUUGACGGCACUGGUAUCUCAGUCUUCGAACUCAAACGUGACAUAAUCGUAAAGAGUGGCCUGGGCGAUGGAACGGACUUCGAUCUAGCUAUCUAUUCUGAAGACGGAAGUGAAGAAUACGACGAUGAUACAACUAUUAUACCUCGAUCUACCACAGUUGUUGCUCGCCGACUUCCACCUCAGAAACCCGGCGCAGGUCGAGCUGCUCGUUAUGUAUCGGGAAAGAUGCCAGCGAGCGCAAAGAAUUCGUCACGACGCGAGAACGCGACUAAGGCCGCCAAACCCGCCACCAUUGGACUCACACAGAUGAGUGCGGCAUUAACCGAAGAAGAGAAGAUGAUGGCCAUGUUCCAAGCUCAAUCAGACCAGUGGACUGCCCAGCAAGAGGAGAUGUCUCAUCAAACUGCAGUAUACAAGCCAGGCGCAAAGAAGCCUGCCAAUGUCCCUGAUCAUGAACCCCCAAAUGGUUAUAUCUGCUAUCGAUGCGGACAGAAGGGACACUGGAUUCAAGUCUGUCCUACUAACGACAACCCUGAAUUUGACAACCGUCCUCGUGUAAAGCGAACCACAGGAAUCCCUCGUUCGUUCCUGAAGACUGUAGACAAGUCAGCACUCCAGCAGACUGGCACAGAUGGCGAGGAAGUCAAGCCACCGGCUGGUGUCAUGGUCAAUGCAGAUGGUGAAUUCGUGAUCGCAGAGCCUGACAAGGCUUCAUGGGAGCAGUACCAAGCAAAGACAAAGUCGUCGUCAGCUGCUCAGAAAGCAGCAUCUGCUGGGGAUAAGGAUCUUGAAGAGAAAGGCCUGCUGUGCGCCAUCGACAAAAGGAUGUUCAUAGACCCAAUGAAGACUCCAUGUUGUGAGAAGACGUAUUGCAAUGAUUGCAUCACCAAUGCUCUCAUUGAGAGCGACUUCAUUUGCCCAGGUUGUCAGACGGAAGGGGUGCUAAUUGAUGACCUCAAACUAGAUGAUGAAACAUCUAAUAGGAUUCAAAGCUAUCUUAAAGAAAAAGAAUCACUUAGAAUUAAGGAACGAUCAAAGAGCCCCGCCGCGGUAAACUCUCCAUCCCAGGCAUCGGAUAAGAAGGGGACGCCUGAGGUAGACUCACCCAAGGACCAAUCAUCAGUUCCAGAGAAGGCUGCCCUAGAGAAGACUAAGUCACCUACUCCCCCUGUCACGGCUAUUAAAUCUCCUUCUGCAGAGGCACCAAAGAAGUCGUCUACCCCUGCCCCAUCAUCUAGUUCUAGUGAGAUUCCUAAGCCCCAGGAGGUAGCCUCUAAAAAACGGCCGGCGGAGGAUUUAUUAGAGAACCCCAAGAUUCCGAAGGGACCCAAGGCUAUGCAGAGAGCGCAAGAAGCUACGGAAAUGCAAAAUACGAUGCAGCCAGGUAUGAAUAUGCCUGGUAUGAUGCCUAAUAUGAUGCAAUACCCAAUGAACUCUAUGAAUGGCUUUGGCCAACCUAACAUGAACAAUAUGAAUAUGGCCAUGAUGAUGGGCAUGAACCCCAUGAUGAACCCCAUGAUGGGUAUGAAUGGAAUGAUGAACCCGGCAGCUUUCCAAGGCAUGAACGGUAACGGCAUGUUCGGGGGUAACUUUGGAGGCAUGAACGGUGCUGGUAUGGGUAAUAUGAAUGGCAUGGGCAUGAAUGGUGGCUACAACAACCCUCAACCACACAGACCCAAUUUUACGACGCCGAACAAUGACAACGACGCCUACUUUCGUAAGCCUGUCAACCCAGGACGACACCAGAACAAGCAACGCCGAGUUCGUCCCAGUGACUACCGGGAGCUAUAAAAUCCCUUUCACAUACGAGUACAACAUAUUUCAUCCCUUUGCACGACGAAUAUGGCCACAGAUUUUACAGCCACAUCGACACUCCUACGACUGUACAUUACACAACCACACUUCAUUGCAUCUUGAUUGAUAGGGAUCAGUCACGGGCGUUAGAUCGAUAGGGGUCC